AAACGGAAGCAGAGUCACCUCCCUCUCCGACUUGACUUCCGGCCCCCCAUGCGCAAGCGCAAUGGGCCUAUUGGCGUUUCCCGAUCCUUUUACCGGAUUUUCAGCCUGAUCUUCCGGGGAAGGGGAGCUCCGGGAAGUUGGAGAAAUCAGCCGUCCGGAGCGUGACCAGAGGGCAUGCCGGAUCCACCAGAGGCGCCGCCGCCUGCGGUCGCAGGCCGCGGGUGAAAAAGAAAGCACAGCCUCGCUCGGCCCGGAGCGAAGAGAUGUCCCGGAGCGAAGAGGUGGCCCCGAGUGAAGAGGUGGUCCCGAGCGAAGAGGUGGCCCUGAGCGAAGAGGUGGCCCUGAGCGAAGAAGUGGCCCAGAGCGAGGAAAUGGCGGCAUCCGGGCUCAGCGUGACCGUCACUCACAGCAAUGAAAAGCAUGAUCUUCAAGUUACCCCACAAGAAGGCAAUAGUGAGCCAAUUGUCCAAGACCUGGCUCAGGUUGUUGAAGAGGCUACAGGGGUUCCGCUGCCUUUUCAGAAACUCAUAUUUAAGGGAAAAUCUCUGAAGGAAAUGGAGAUGCCAUUGUCAGCACUUGGAAUACAAAAUGGUUGCCGGGUUAUGUUAAUUGGGAAAAAGAACAGUCCGGAGGAAGAAGCUGAACUAAAGAAGCUGAAAGAUUUGGAGAAAUCUGUGGAGAAGAUAGCUGACCAGCUGGAAGAACUGAAUAAAGACCUUGCUGGAAUCCAGCAGGGUUUUCUGGCCAAGGAUUUGCAAGCUGAAGCUCUCUGCAAACUCGAUAGGAGAGUAAAAGCCACAAUUGAGCAGUUUAUGAAGAUCUUGGAGGAGAUUGACACACUAAUUCUGCCAGAAAAUUUCAAAGACAGUAGAAUGAAAAGGAAGGGUUUGGUGAAAAGGAUUCAGGCCUUCCUAGCCGAGUGUGACACAGUGGAGCAGAACAUCUGCCAGGAGACAGAGCGACUGCAGUCCACAAACUUGGCCCUCGCUGACUGAGGUGAGGCAGAGAAGGCCGUGCUGCACUGAAGAACAGCCCCACCAGCCCUGCCAUCUCUGGAACAGAAGUUACCUGCCUUCCCCAGGGCUGCUGGGGACAAUUGGCCCAUUGCCUUUUCCUUCUCUUACAACCCGCUCUCAAUGAACAAGUGUCGUCCAUACAAUCUUUAGCCUCCUGUCAGCUUCUCGUUCUGUCUCUGUGGAUCUAUGCUGUCCAGCAGCCCACCUUGUCUGGAGAGUGCCCCCAUGACCAAGUCUUCCCAGCUGCUUGGACCUUUGGGUGCUUUCUUUGGGCUGGUGAGAGCUCUUAUGUAUCCUGAGGUAGUUCUGAGUUUAUCGGCCAUUUUGGUCUUCAGAUCCAAGAGGCCUUUUUGUUCUUAUGAUCCCAUAAACCUGUCUGUGUAAACCAGAAUCACCAGGAGCCUGUGUCUGGUGAGGAAAGUCAGGAAUGGGUCAGAACAGGUAGCCCGAGUGUCUCUCAUGUGACCUGAUUCUGAAACAGCUGGCUGGUUGUGGGUUCAUGACCUUGUCCUCAGCUCCCAGUGACCCUGAUCAGCCAUAGGUCAUGAGAUCUCUGGUUCAUUCCUGGAGUGGGGCCUGGGGUUGAUAUAUGGACUGCUUUGCUCCCAAGCAAAUCUCUAGAAGGUUAGAACCCAGAGUUGACUAAGUCUCUGCUUGCAACCAGGUCCGAACCCUGGCUUACGAGGGGCAGUGAGGGGGCCAGAGUGAAUUCAGCAGGCAGGUAGCGAGGGCAACCAUAAACCUCUCAGGAGUUCCUUCAAAGGCAUUGUUAGGAGCCAUCCCCUUCUGAGAUCUACAUUUUCUUCAAGUUACUUUGAGGUUGUUUCUGUCUGUUUUGUGGUCCUUUCCCCCUUCAUUUGUUAUUUAAAAAAUAAAGCAGUUUAUAUACACAUCA